AUGGCGACUUACACUUCUGUCAUGCGGUUCAUCGAGCCCUGGGCUGAUAAAAAGGACAUUCCUUUCAUCCGUACAAAUGCUGCACCAGGAUACGACUAUAUGAACUUUGACUGGAUUGACCACAAUGUGAAAAUAAAUGAUGCUCGUCCCGAGAAGUUUUCCUUUAAUCUCGACACCCAUGGGUUUGCAUAUCGCGAUGAUCCUGAGGGAGGUGCCCCAGAGAUUCUGCAAAUUCUGAGGGAUAACAAUGCCGAUGAGAUCAAAAGACUGUACUACCCGCACAUUGAGAGACUAAUUAAGAGAGAAACCGGUGCCAGCCGAGUAGUAAUCUUUGAUCAUACUUCCAGAAAGAGACGCCCUGAACUUGGUACCUAUGACAACCCCACCGGUAAAGAGCAGCCAGCAACAAUGGUGCAUUGUGAUCAGUCUACAAAAGGUGCACUCCGUCGGCUGGAGCAGAAUGUUCCUGGAGAACUGGAUGAAACUCUGAAGAAACGUGUGAUUAUGAUAAACAUCUGGCGCCCUCUUCGCGGACCUGUUGAAGAUUGGCCGCUUGCGACUAUGGAUUACCGGACCUGUGACCCAAAACUUAUAUACCCUACUGAUCUACUCGAAGAUAAAGAUACAUUCCGUGGCCAGACAGUUACUUUCGGUUAUACCGACGAACAGAAAUGGUAUUACCUGGAUGGACAUAGGACUGAUGAAGUUACACUUAUAAAAAUUUGGGACAAUAGUGUUGAUAUCGACGCCAAAUGUAGGAAUUCCCGCCAGUUAACCCCCUUUUUGACAGCUCAGGCGUGA